AUGACCGCGUCGACGUUAACGUCACCAUCAACGCAAUCGGGCAAGCGGUUUCUUUCGGCACUGGAGCACGAGCAGCGCGACUACGCCACAGCGAUCUCCACUGCCCCUCCCUCGCCACCCUCACCAUCGCUGCUGCCGCCGUGCCGAUUGCCAUGCUACAGCGGUGCAUCUCAGCAGGUCUCGCCGGCUCCGCCUGCCGCGCCGAACACACCAAAGGCCGCGCCAUCCACUCCUCCAUCACUACCCCUGCCGCUGCUGCCCUGCGGCUCUACAUCUUCAUCGCCCGCGGUGCCGCAGCUCCGUGUGCAUGAGUUGGCAGCACCGUCAUUAUCUUUGCUCGGUCGCGAGGCAUCGCUGCUACCAAGCAGCUCACGCCGCGGGCUGUCCGUGCCGCUCUCGUCGCCGCGGCUCGAGCGCGCCGAUUCGCCGCUAUCGCCGCCGUUCGCCGACAGCUCUCCGGGGCCCGCAGUCGGCCUGAUGCCAGAUCGGGCGGGAGCUCUUGUUGCUGCUGCAGCUGUGGGAGGCGAACGCCAGGCGCUGUCGUCUCUGGCACCCCCGGCCCGCUCGGUUGGAGAGCUGACGCGCGUGCAGCGGCAGCAGCAGGCGUUGACACACCCCUCUAGCGCACUCGCUGCUUCAGAGGAGGCCGAGAGAGAAGAAUGCGAUGAGGCGCUCGAGUGCGAGAUGGCUGAGGAUCUGCGCAUGUCGACGGACAUUGCUUUCACGCCGUCCGGGACCGGCAGUUGCGCUCCGCCGCUCUUCUCGCAGUCGUCCAUGAUGCAAGAGGAAGAGAGCCAAGCGGAGGAGGAGAAGGGCGGCGGCGAGGCGGCGACCUGCAUCAUGAGAGGCAGCGCCGGGGCGGUGGGGCGAGCUGGCGACGAUAGUGAGCUGCGCUCUGGCCCAGGGAUGAGCGGGCAGGAGGGCAGCGCAGAACCAUUUUUCCGCUUCAAAGAUGGCGCAGGUGGCGCGCUCCUCUCUGGGUCAACGCCGCCUCCCUCCAUCGCGAUUCCAGCUGUGCUCAACCAACAUGCGUUUCUCAGCGGCGGCAGCCACGACGGUGGCACCGCUGCAACCGAUUCGAGUGCCGCGUCCCCAACGAGCUCGCCGUCAGUGUUGUCCAGUGCCUUCGCCGGCCCGCCGUCUGCACCGUCGACGUGGCUGAUCCGUGAGGCUACGCCGCCACAUCUUUCAUCGGUGCUCGCGCCUGGUACAGAGCUGUUGGCGCUCGGUGUUGUGACUGCUGCUGUCGCUGCGGAUGGAGGUGGAGGCCUGAGUGUUGGGAGGAUGGGCCCUGGACGCCAUCGCACCGUGUUUUCGUUUAGCUCGCUGGGUGUUGGCACCGCAACCCCUGCAGCGCUACCCGAUCCCUUCCCUGAACCGCAGCCACGUCUGUGGCAACCAUCAGUGGCGACGACAACAGACCAGUCAUGUGCUGGGAGCGCUCGAAAUGUAACUGCCCCUUUGGCUGAGCCUGCUACUCCAGUCAUCUCGGAGCUUUCAGAAGCCUGUGCUACAACGCAUCCACCUGGCCUGUGGCAGCCACCGUUGCCGGCCGAGCACGUGAGCCCUCCGCGUGAUUCUCUGCUGAUGCGGGCGGCCAGUGAAGGUGGAAUGGCCGAGGGUUGCGCUGCUCAGGGCGUUUUCCAAAUGGGCGUUGUGGCACCGACGUCAACGUCGCCGCCGGGGAGCGACACGCUUCCCUCGGCGACUGGCGUCUCCGCCAUAUCGGCUGCAAGGGCAGCGCCUCCGCUCUCUGACUUGUACGUCACCGCGCUGCCGUACCUUUCCACGGCUGCUGCCAGUGGCAGCGACGCAACUGCUGUGCCUGCACGCGCAGGCCGCACGUGCUUUACGCUGCACUCCACUGCACAAACGACAGGGACACUUUCUUCCUCUGCAGCUGCCCCAGCAACAGUGGAGCCGACGGCAGCGGGAGCGGCUGCGUCGACUGGCGCGGUGCCACCGGCACUCACAGAGGCGAGCUAUCUCUCAGGCAAGAACUGUUCCUUCAGGCGCGGUUUAGCCGAGCUGCAGCAGCUCCCGGCACACGGUGCUGUGUCACCGCAGAGAACAGAGGGACCGACCACCUGUUUGGAGGGUGUCGCUGGCGCAACACCAAGCGGUACAGGGAAAAUGCCCAGCAGUAUGGAGAGCCGCCAUACGAAUGGGUGUGCGCAGCAGGUCAUUGCCAACGCGCAGCAGGCGUUGCUGCGGCCAGUCGGCUCAACACCCGCGACGGUGGUCAUGCACCGCACACCGUCGACUUCCACAAGUGAGGAGCCAGCCUGGAAUCGACGAAGUCCACCGCUCCCGCAGCUGUGGUCGUUGCUCAACGACGGCCACCCGUCUGUCUCGCUCACCGUCGCUGCUGCAACGCCACGCGUGGGUUGCAUGGGCGCUGAAAAGCCGACUGUGGGGGCGCCUCAGCCCGCGCAGGCACCGGUGACCCAUGACGAGACAGCACCGCCCUACCCACGAGAGAGUCAGGAGAUGUUCUCCGAUGCACCUCUUUCGCCGCCGCAACCGCCGUCGCCUCCCCUCCCGCGACCCGCUGGCCCAGACGAUACUGCGGAGCUGUUCUACGAUCUGCCGCGUGAGGUCGGGCACUUCUACGCAACACGGCGCGGCGUCACGUCGCUGUACGACUGGCAGCACAACGUGCUCACUCGCCCCGAAGUUCGGCAGGGUGGCAACUUUGUCUACAGUCUCCCCACCAGCGGUGGCAAGACGCUGGUCGCCGAGCUGAGCCUCCUGCGGUGUGUGCUGAAUCGCCGCAAGUCGUGCUUCCUCGUCCUGCCCUUUGUCUCGCUUGCGGAGGAGAAGACGAUGGCGCUGCAGCCGCUGGCGACAGCCUACGACUUCAACGUGGACGGCCACUACGGCAGCUCCGGCCGCUUCCCGCUCUGCGGGGCGCCUGCAGCCUACGUCUGCACAAUUGAAAAGGCAAACGCGCUGCUGAAUCACAUGCUCGAGGAGGGCCGCACCGACGAGAUUGGGGCGGUGGUGGUGGACGAGCUGCACAUGGUCGGCGAGUCCGGGCGAGGGGCGACGCUGGAGCUGUUCCUUUCCAAGGUACUCGUGCUCAACGCUGCGCGGCAGCGGAAGCGUGACGCCGUGGUUGCACCGGGGACGCAGAGUCGCUGCAGUGCUAGCGGUUCGCGGCCAGGAUGGCCGGAGGAGUUGGAGGACGCAGCGGAGGACCGCCAUGAGGGGGCAGUCAUGACGGAUACAGGGAAGGCGGCUGCGGACCCCGGUCCUCUACAGAUCAUCGGCAUGAGCGCCACGGUCCCCAACCUCUGCACCCUUGCCGAGUGGCUGCGCGCCGCGUGCUUUGAGUACGACUUCCGGCCCGUGCCAUUGCGCGCCUACAGUGUCGUUGGUGGCCUCGUGCUACGCGAUGGCCAGCGCAACGAGCGCAACCUCAGCAGCGGCUCUGUCACGCAGCAUCUUCUGGAGCUCGCGACGGAGGUGCCGGAGGCGUCCGUACUCAUCUUCUGCGCCAGCCGCCAGCAGUGCGUCGACACGGCGAAGGGCAUCGUAAACUACCUCAGGGCUCAGGCCAUUGCCGGCCAAAAGGCGCUGCCCGCGUGGAUGUCGGGUAGCAGCGAUGCGGCGGCGGAGGCGCAGCACGUCUCGGUGCUUGGCGCACCGUUCCCGAGCUCAGCGAAAGGGCCGGCCACAGCGGCCGCGAUGACGGCGGUGCCGUCGCAGGGGUCGGCUGCCAUCAAAGGCCUCCUUGCGGACCUCGAGGCCCUCGCGCACCACGAAGCCUCCCAGCUCAGUGAGGUGGUUGGCUUUGGAGUGGCGUUUCACCACGGCGGCCUCCUUGCCGAGGAGCGAGACCUCAUCGAGACGGCGUUCCGCCGCAAGUACAUCCGCAUCCUGUGCUGCACCUCUACGCUGGCCGCUGGUGUGAACCUGCCGGCGCGGCGGGUAAUCAUCAAAACGCCGUACGUGGGCCGCGAAUUUCUCACGAAGUCGCGCUACCUGCAGAUGUGCGGUCGUGCCGGGAGAGCCGGGUUGGACCCGUACGGCGAGUCCUUCCUGCUGCUGAGCAGUCGUGAUCAGGCGCGCGGUCACGCCCUUAUGCACGCCCCUGUGGAACCGUGCCGCAGCCAGCUCCUCGAGGACGGCCAGACGCUCACGCGUUCGCUUUUGGAGUGCGUUGGGGUUGGGCUCGUGGCGGACUUUCGAAGCGCUUGCCGGUGGAGUGGCUCACUGCUGACCAGGUGGGCGGUGGGUCCUGUCGAUGCGUCGUGGCAGCCGUACAUCACUGCAGCUGCCGCCCCGGCUGCGUCUGCGAGCGCUGGAGUUGCGCCUACCGGAGCGGCAGCGAAGGACACGUGCGAAAGUGCCACCGACUUUGUCCUCGCCUCUGGAGUUGGCUAUGACGACGACGCCGCUACCGCACAGGACUCAGAGCGCAGCCGGUCUGCGCCUGGGCCUCCGGCCUCACCGCCCUCCCACCCAGCCUCGCCGGCGUCGCCGCUUCUGACGUGGGUGCCGCCGGCUGCCAUGAACGCGAUGGCGCGCACCUCGCUCGUUACACUAGCGCGCUGCGGCUUUAUCCACAUUGCCAGUACACGCGCAAGCAGCGGCGCCAUCGCCGUGAACAACACCGAUGAUGUCAGCACGGCCAUCAGCGCUGAUGGCCGUGCUGCUGCUGGGGCUACAGUCGGCAAGGAAAGCGGCACCGAAUCGAGCGCAGCUUCGGAGACGUUGCUGAGCAGCGUAUCGGACGACGCCCACGCCGACGCUUCAGCAGAGACGCACGAGGCCUGUCAUACGCAGGUGCUUGUGACAUCGUUUGGCAGCUCGUCCGUCCGCUCGUGCUUUAGUGUGGAGGAGGCGCUGCUGCUGCGCGCCGAGCUGGACGAGUUGCGCCACACCGGUCUCAUCCUGUCCGACGACCUGCACCUUUGCUACUUCCUCACGCCGCUUCGGGAGGUGGGAAAGUGCGACUGGGAGCUGCUGCGGCUCAUGAUGUCGCGCAUGAGCGACAGUCGCCAGCGCAUUGCGAGCCUGCUUGGGGUCGACACCUACUUUGUUGAUCAGCAGGCAAUGGGGCUCGGCGGUCCACUGGAGGCCACAGAGGAGGGCCGACGUCGCCUCUUCACGGCAAAGCGAUUCUACGUGGCACUUAUGCUGGCGGAUGUGCUGGCUGAGGUGCCGAUGACGACGGUGGAGGAGCGGUAUAACGUGAGCCGCGGGCAGCUGCAGAGCCUGAUGCGCUCCGCCUCGAUGUUCAGUUGCUCCAUCACGAACUUCUGCCAUGCGAUGGAGUGGUUCUCGCUGGAGGCGGUGCUCUCGUCCUUCGUGAAGCGACUCGGCUUCGGUGUUAAGCCGGACUUGCUGCCGCUGAUGGAGAUACGUGGCAUGCAGCCGCCGCGGGCGAGGGCGCUGUGGAACGCCGGCUUCAAGAAGCUCGCAGCGAUCGCGGUGGCCGACGCGGAUGAUAUGGUGUCGAAGGUGAAGUCGAUGAACCCAAAGGACAGCAAGGCGGCAAAGUUUUUUACGAAGCGCUCGGCCUUGAUGGCGAUCCGGGAGGCAAACCUCGCUCUACAGUCGAAGAUCAAGGAGAAGAAGGGCGAGCUGCAGGAACUGACGGCUCGUUGCGGCGGUGGUGGCGGCGUUCGCGGUGUGCACUGA